AGUAGUGUGGAAAAGAUGGCUGCUUCGGCGGCAAUGGCGAGUUCUUCUCCCGGUUUGUGUCCAAGUUACGCGGUGAUCUGCUCGUUUUUGGAGCGUUACGGGGCGCUGCUGGACUUACCGGAGCUCACCUUCCCCCAGCUGGAGCGAUACCUGCAGGACAAUUCGUGCGUUCCGAAGCUGCUCGUCGAUCUGCACGUCAAGCUGCUGAGGAAGAUCGGCAAGUCGGUGUCGGCGGACAGAUGGGAAAAAUAUCUGGCAAAGGUUUGCCAAGAGUUCAACACGGCGUGGGCUUGGGAACUGGAACAGAAUGGAUACAGAGCGAUGUCGAUGGAGAGCAAGACGGGCAUCCUCAAGUAUUUAUGUGAAUGUCAGUUUGACGAGAAUCUGAAGUUCAAAGCUGCCAUCAAUGAAGAGGAUCCAGAUAAAAUGCGUCUGCAGCCCAUCGGCCGGGACAAAGACGGACAGAUGUACUGGUUUCAGCUGGACCAGGACAACAAUGUGCGUGUUUAUGUGGAGGAACAGGACGACUUGGACGGCUCAUCGUGGAAGUGCAUCGUCAGAAAUCGAAAUGAUUUGGCUGAGGUCGUGGCGCUGCUGAAAACACAGAUUGACCCGGAGCUGCUGAAAAACGAGCAGGAUCAGGAAGCCAAAGUAGACGAUGGUGAUGAGGAGAAAGAAAAAUCAGAAAAAGGUGGCGAUAAAACAGCUGAGGUUACAUCAGAAGAAGAUGGUAAGGACACGGCUCAGACCAUUAACUUGGACUCACCAAAAGCAGAGACCGAAGAAAAAGUAUCACCAAAAGACAUCAAAAAACCAGAAGGUGCAGAGGCCAAAUCAUCGCUGAACGGCAUCAGUGAGGACAAGUGUGAUCCAGAAUUGGUCAUGAAGUCAGAAAACAGUUCUGUAGAUCCAAAAGGUCCUGCAAAGAACAUCAAAGAGGAACCGAUGGAAGUAUUGCACUCAAAACCGAGUGAAGUGGAGCUCGUCUUUGAAACACUACCUGUGCCGGUCAAAGCAGAACAAGGAGACGAGAUCAAGAGGAGCAGCGUGGAAGAGCUCCAGCAGGCGAUGAAGAAUGAGCAGCAGGCCAAGAUCCCUCUGAAGAAGAGAGGAAUGAAGUUCACAGAGGACUUCAGAACACAAAAGCCACUCCUUCCUCAGAUCAAAGAACCUCGUAAGUGUGAUGUAACAUCUGAACAAUCAAAGAAAAUGCACGGUGCGAUAGAUCACGUGAACGGCGACGCCCAGCAGACGCCAGAGAAAGUGUUCUGCGGUCGGCUCUGCGAGCAACAGAAGACCGUCGCCGCUGGCAACGAGCAGGUGCCCGAAGCAGCUACAGGUGACGGUGAAUCCAUAAAAGAACAAAAGAACAAGGUCUCGGAGGAGGUUACACUGUGCCACACAGAUGUGGAAAACAAAGGUCAAAGUACACAGGAAGAAAGAGGAACGGAUCCGCCAGCAACAGAGGUGACAUCAUCGAAGGACGGAAUGACUUCAGCUGAGAAGACGCUCAAUCAUGGAGCAUCAAAACCCCCAUACGGGAAAAUGGAUCAUGCGGGAGAAGAGACAGUCAUGUUAAAAAACGCUGUAGCAAAAGACGAUGAAUCAAAGGACACAAACAAAUCUUCAACACCAGACAGCGUAGGUGCGAAUCCACCAGAAUCGAGUCGAACUGAAGAAACGAACAAUAUGGACACUUCUGAAAAUUUAGCCGUCGUUAAUCACCAAGAAAAAUUAAGUAAUGCUGACGACAAAAAGACACUCGAUGCUAAUGUAGAGAAACAAGAUCAACCUGCUGAGAUGGGAGAUGUUAAAGUGUCACAGGAAGAGCUGUGUGAUUCUGAAAGUGUCUCAUCGUCUGUCAUUAAAAAGACUGAGAUGCUAAAACACGCCGAUCAAACAAAAAGUUUAGAGAGUCGUCAAGUUCCACACAAUUCUAAAGACAACCAUUUAAUUAUAGAAACAGAAGGAGCAUCCAACAUGAACCACACAAAUCCAGACGACACUACAGACAAAAAUAAAGUCAAAAACACAGAGACGAUUCCACCAGUAGACAAGGACAAAAUGUCUGCUGGUGCAGCUCACGACACGGAGACAGAAACCCAAGAAGAGACAGCAAAUCUUGAAGACAUGAAGAAGACCGCUGGUGCUGAGGUGAGCGAUCAGUGUGAUGCGACAAAGUCGCAAGAAGACAGGAAGAUCAUGCUGAAGUCCAAGACGUCUGAAGAAACAGACGGACCAUCCUGUCCCUUUGAGGACACAAAAUUAUGCCCUAAAACAAAUAAAAAUCCUGAAAGUGCAGACAAAGAGCAGGAAGAGUCACUAUCUCAAUGUAAAGAUGAGAAAGAAAACCUGAAGACCAACUGUGAUGAACUCUCCUGUCAGGAUGAAGUUGAAAAGAAACAGCUGGCAGAUAAAGUCUCAAAAAAGGAACUGAAAGAUGCAAAAGAUGAUGAUGAUCAUGAAACUUCAACAAAAACAGACAAACGGCGUUCAACAAAAGUGAGUAAAGACCCAGAAACAGAAUUGUCUGAAACCGAUAAACCGGGUCGCCACAGUGCAAGCAAAGAACCAGACUCAUGUAAGCAGCCUACCCUGGAGAACAAAGGCAGAAGGAAAGAAAGGACCUUGACCAGAGCAAAAUACAUCCUGGAUGACGGCAACACUCCAAAAGAAGUUCAGGAGGAACAUGUCCGUUUGAAAACAAAGACUCCAGCUCAUAGAAGAAAAGCUGAGCUCUUGAGAGAAGGGAGACGAGGAGAUUCAGAGUCCGACACCAACGUGGGGAGAUCCCUGAGGAGAUCACCAAGGAUCUCUCGACCAACUACAAAGGUGGUGGAGAUUCAGGACAGAAAGCAGGAGAAACCUCAGGUAGCACCAUCAGCUGAGAAGGAAGAGAAAGACCAGGACGAGGAAGAUGAAGAGGAAGAGAUGAAAGCUACUCAGAAGAAACCAAGAGAGAAAAAGGUGGAUCAGGAGGCACAAACGAAACCAAAGGGGAGAAAGAGACGAAACAUGCGAUGGUCCACCACACGAUCGCGGCGCAGGAGGAGAGACUCCGAAGACGAUGACGAAAACAGCGAAGAUGAAUUCAGCGAAGACGAGAGCGAGGAAGAAGACGACGACAGCGACGAAGACUACAAGGUGGAGCGCAGCAGGAAGCGACGGCGCUGGAACAGAGAACGGCAAGGCUCGGCUUCCUCGACCUCCUCGGAUGAUGAUCUACCUCCUAAUGAUGACCCCUGCAAACACUGCGGUCUUCCAAACCACCCUGAGCUGAUUUUAUUGUGCGAUUCAUGUGACAGUGGCUACCACACCGCCUGCCUCAGGCCCCCCCUCAUGAUCAUCCCAGACGGCGAAUGGUUCUGCCCACCCUGCCAACAUAAACAACUCUGUGACAAACUGGAAGAACAACUCCAGAAUCUCGAUGCUGCUUUAAAGAAGAGAGAACGCGCGGAGAGAAGAAAAGAGCGUCUGAUUUAUGUUGGAAUCAGCGUUGAAAACAUCAUCACUCCAUCAGUCGAUGUCGAGGAAGAAAAGAGUGAAAUCAUCAUCAAAGAGAAGAAAGAACCAAAGCGAAGUAAGAACUGGGGUCGAAGAUCAACGAGGGCAAAGAAAACCAUCAGUUACAGAUUUGACGAGUUUGAUGAGGCGAUUGAAGAGGCGAUCGAGGAAGACAUCAAAGGGGCAGAGGGCGGAGGAGCCGGUCGGGGUAAAGACAUGGCCAACAUCACAGGCCACAGAGGAAAGGACAUAUCCACCAUCCUCCAAUCAGAGGAGGGGAAGGAAAAUGGGCGACCACCAAGAACGAGCAACAGUCAUCGCCGGAAAAAACGCCGGCGUCUCAAUGAUCUGGAUAGUGACAGCACCAUGGACGAAGAGGAGAGCGAGGAAGAGUUUCGCCUCAGUGAAAGCACUUCAGAGGAGUUUGUUGCCUCUGAUAAUGACACAGAGGCGGAGUCUAAUGACAGCGGCAGUAACAGCAGCAGCAGGUGUCACAGUUCGUCACGAAGCAGGAGAUUUCUGACACGGCGGCGAAGUUCCCGGAAGAGGCGGAGACCGAGAGGCUACUCGGAUGAUGAGGAAGAAGAGACUGAUGAGGAUGAUGAAGACGAAGAAAUCGUGACCGAAGGCUCCAGUGAGUUCAGCGAUAGCGAUCUGGAUAUGAGCCGGCGGCGGUCUCGGCGGAGCCAGAAGAAGCAGGUCAACUACUGCGAGACGUCGGAAUCUGACGGCUCUCGCGCGGGAACGAACCGAGACAAAAUGAAGCCCAGACGGCGACUCGACAGCUCGGACAGUGAAGCGAGUUUCUCCAGAGACUCGGAGGAGGAGGAGUCGAGAGAACGGCGGCUGAAGAGGCAGGCUGACUCCUCGGAGGAAGACUCCCGGCAGCGGCGCAGGCGGCUCGCACUGAAACGCAGGAGAGCUUCCGAAGAGGAUGACUCAGACGACUCAUCGGACGAGUCCUCGGAAGAGGACCGGCCCGUCCGUAAACGGGUGAACCGCAUAGACUCUGACGAUGAUGACGAGGACCAGGUGGAGAAACAGAAGGAAAAGAAAACGAGUGAAAAGGUGGAAGAGGGCGGCGUUUUUUCAAAGGGAACAAACCAGCUGGACUACAGUCUGGCAGAGCUGCCGCCCACCAAUGGACAAAACCCAAUCAAGAGUCUGGAGGGCCUGAUCAGCCGGCCCGGCACCGCCGCUCCAGGCCUCAUACCGCACCUGGAACCGGCCAAAAACAUCAGUGCCACGCCCGCUGCAGCCAUAGCACCAAAUGGUCUGGUUGGCCAGGAGGUGGCAGCACAGGACGAUGACGAGGACGACCUGUUGGGCGUCACGGACCUGGUGGACUACGUCUGCAAUAACGAACAGUUGUAAAAACAGUGAUGUACAUUUAAUUUUUGGUGGUAUUGUAUUUUUAUAUUGCUUAACUUUAUUAAUCCCUCACCCGUCUUUGUGGUUUUUACUCGCUUCAUCCAGAGCUGAUCCGGAUCGUCAUCACCGGUCCUCAGCGGUCCCUAUGGGACCUGCAAAUCCUCACAUUCAUUCAGCUCACGAUCACCCACUUCCUCUGGACAAGUUAUCUUUUUUUUUUUUUUUUUAAUCACUCGUCUUUUGUCAUGUCAAAGUUUUUUUUUUUUUUUUUUUUUUUUUUAAUAGAAAAAUAAAAAAGGCACUCUUGUUGUUGUUUAAAGACAGCAUCAAUAAAUAAAGACCUUUUCACUCCAGAUGCGAUUAAUUUAUACAAAGAUUAAACGGCCCUUUUUUCUUGUUAAUUGCACCUUUCUCAUCAAAGAGUUUCGCUGGACGAAAUUGCGCUCAUAAUGUAUUUUCAUAUUUUGCCUCUAAAUACAACACGCACAGUCAACUGUCGACACCAAGUGCAAGUGGCUUCACGUUCAGGUCACUUAACAUAAACGUUAGCGCUUUUCCACUUCAAGAAAUAGGACCAGAACUACUGUAUUUUCCAGAGUGUAAAUUGUGGAGUUUUUAUUUUAUUUGGGAGUUCCUCCGACUUAUACUCCAGUGUGACUUAUGUACCAAAAAAAUCACACAUUCAUUAUGGAUAAUAAUUAUGACUAUUUGUAUCGGAAUCAAAGCAUUAACAAAGUAAACUAAUAAUUAAAGAACAAAUGCCAAUAAUAUAAAGUACAUUAUAACUUAUACUCCAGUGUGACUUGUAAUGCAUCUUUUUUUUUUUUUUUUUUUAGCUGGUGCGACUUAGACUUCGAAAAAAAAUAGUACUUGUUUUCACCAACGUAACUACUGCAUAUUUUUUAAACGACUUCUCAUUUCCCACCUGAGUCUGCCCACGCAGAGACGAGUUUAAGCGAAUCCGCAAAAGAUUUGUAUCGUACGCUGUUUUGUUUACACAGAAGCAGCAUUUUUGGAGCCCAAAAACACUACUCCCAGAGUGGAUAAAUCUCAAAACACAGCUUUUGCGUUUUUUGUGUGUACAACCAAUAUGCAACUUUUGUGAAUCGAUGAUGUCGUAGCCCCACCUCUCUAACCUUUACACGCAUGUUCCACGUCGCCUUCUACGGAACGCUUUUUGAAAACGGAAAAGAAAAAGCUUGUAUAGGGAAAGUUAUGUUUCCGUGUGGGCGUGUCUUUAGACUCGGUCCAGUGCAGUGAUCCAGGAUCUACGGGGAUCGAGUUUGAAACACGGAACAGUCCUGAUUUGAACAGAAUUUGUAUGUAAAAUAUUAAACACUGAAUCUUACUGUAGUUUUAAGCUCACUCCGUUUUUUUUUUUUUUUUUUUUUUUUUUUUUUUUUUUAAAUCCUGGUGGAAACAGGCAGCAGUAACUUGGAACUAGAGGCUGGGUAGUUCUGGUACUGGUAAUGGUUACUGUUACUUUACCUUGGACCACCAGACGGGUCCGGGUGGUUGUGACUCUUUCAUCCUCUGGUUUUGAGUCAAGCUGUCCCAGCAUCAUCUCAAGCUGUUCGCAUUCCUUAAAAUGUUACACUAAAAAUAUCCUUAAUAAUUGACAUCUUUAUGCUCCGCCUCAUGUAGAGAUCCAGAGUCUCAGCCGUCUGUACUUGGACUGUUUUGAUGAUUGAAACAAAAUAUUCAGUUUGUCUGACAACCAUUUUUUUCAAAUCUUACAGCGGGAAAAUGGAAGUUUUUCUAAAGUCACAGACGGUCGGCAUUUUUUUUUCCUGUUCCAGUCCUGUUUUGGAAAAUAGUUGCGUGUAACGUAUUUUGGGGAAAUUGUAUGUAUUUUAUAUUGAGCUUGAACGUGCAAAACGGUGACUUUUUUAAACUUCCCGUCGCACUGCAAUCCUUUGUUUUGAAAUCGUAGAUGUGUCCACCAGAAUCAUGUCGCAUUUGCUGUGAAUGUUUUUAUUUUAUCACAGCAGAUUCUCUUACACAGAAAAUCAUUAUUUGAUUGUCAUAUUUGUCGUCUUUGGUGUGUAAAGGUCUUUCUUUGGCUGUUUGGUUUUUAUCACAGGUGUUUGGUGUCUAAAGUCAUUCCGUAACUGAUGAUCAUGUUUUUGUUCAGUCAGUCGUGUUUAUAAUUUCAGUCCUUAAAUUGUUUGUUUUCCUCCAUUCUGUGCAGUUUUUUGUUGUUGUUUGAUUAUCUGAGAUAUUGAGGUUAAAAGUCAACAUCAUUUGAAAAGAACAUCACAAAAGCAAAGACAUUUGUGAGAAAUAGGUCAAAAGUGCAUCUUAAA